AGAAUCGAGUGAGGCGGCAGAAUUCCAAGAGUUUGGAAAUUUGUCCCAUCCCAACAUUGAACUCGGCGCCACAUCUCCUCCGGGUCGAGACCGGGAAGGUGACUGUAUGCCUGUCUGCCUGUCCUAACCCCCCACCCUCCCUUUCGGACCUUACCAAGAGGAUAAUGACCACAAGUCUGCUUGCUGUCAUUUACAACUGAUACAUACUUUUCUUCCAACUAAGAAUCAAAUCGAGUGUGGGGUGCCUGCUGCAUCCGCUCAGGAUGGCGAGGCCACGGUUGAUACCGCUCUGUGCCCUUCUAGGAGUCCUAUUCUCAGGGUUUCUUCCGAAACUCGAUGCUCAGGAAGCACAAGAAUCCGCAGACCUUGUACUCUUAAUUGAUGGAUCGCAGAACGUUGGAGCAGCAAACUUUCAAUACGUGCGUGAUUUGGCAUUGAGAAUUGUUGAGCGCCUCGAUGUUGGCAGAGAAACCAUUCGGGUGGCCUUAGCCCUGUACCACGCCAACCCCGAGAUUAAGUUCUAUCUCAGUACAUAUGAGAGCAAAGCCUCCAUCCUGGAGGCUGUAAAGGAACUUAAAUACUCAGGGGGUCCCCAAUCUAACCUGGGCCGAGCCUUGGAAGUUGCCCAAAGCCUUUUGAGCCAGUCGUCAGGGGGCAGGGCAGAGGAGGGCGUACCCCAGAUGGUGGUUGUUGUCAGUGCUGGGCCAUCCACUGAUGAUACCGGGGCUGGCGACCGGGCUCUUAAGAGGGCCGGAGUUAUCACUCUUGGCGUGGUCAUCGGUAACACCGCCACGGCAGAUUUGGAAGCAGUGGCUACCCAUGAGUCGUUUGUCCUGUCGGCCCCUGAUUUCAGAUCAGUGGCAGGCAUGGGUGACCAGCUGUCGCCAUUGAUUCAGGGUGUGAUUGAUCGCUCCAUAAUAGUACAGAAUGAGUUCACAGAAGUUGUGGCUGUUGAACCAAGAGACAUCAUUUUCCUCCUUGACAGCACAAUGGGUGCCACCAUUAUCAACUCCAUACGUGAGUUCAUCCGGAGGUUCGUCAACAGCAUGCCCAUUGGCCCGGACGGUGUUCAAGUGGGUGUGGCCCAGUUCAGCAAUGCCCCCCGACUGGAGAUCGAUCUCAACUCUUACGGAUCUCGGGAUGAACUCAUGGCCGCUUUGGGUCGAAUCAAACCCAGACCGGGCCAGACAAUUAAUAUCGGGGCUGCCUUGGACUUUGUGAGGACUAACAUGAUUCGACCCGAGAAGGGCAGUCGCCUUCAACGAGGCGUCCCGCAGCUUGUUCUCUUGAUGACCACCAAAAUGUCUUCUGAUGAUGUCAGGGGCCCGGCCAGGGCUCUGCAGCAAAUGGGCGUGCUGACCUUGGCCGCCGGUUCCAAGUCAGCCAACGAGCAAGAGCUGAAGGAGAUCGCCUUUGACGAGAGUUUCGUUUUCAUGAUGAAGGACUUCCGCGCGAUACUACGCAACCCUAAGAUGAUCAUUACUCCGCUUUCCACUCUGGCCGGCAUCGUGGUGACUGAAGAGCCUACUGAGCCAGUGGUGGAAAUAACAACGGUGCAGACCCAAAGGGUAGUCAGAGACAUUGUCUUCCUCGUAGAUGGCUCCAACUACAUUGGGAGCGGCAACUUUCCAUAUGUGCGAGACUUCAUGAUUAAUGUGGUCAAUCAACUUGAUGUCAGCCCCGACAGGGUCCAAAUUGGCCUCAUGCAGUUUGCCGAGCAGCCCAAAAUUGAAUUUUAUCUCAACACUGCUCGCGACAGACAAGAUGUAGUGAACAGAAUCUCCCAACUCAGACUGACAGGAGGCUCUGUUUUGAAUACGGGUGCUGCCAUGGAAUACGCCCUGCGCAACAUGUUCAGUCCAGGAAGUGGCUCGCGUAAGAGGCAAGGAGUCCAGCAGGUGCUGGUCCUCAUCACAGGUGGUCCAGCCCAGGACGAGAUGAAGAGUGUCGCUGAUAAGCUGGCUCUCGGAGGAGUUCUGACCUUUGUGGUCAGUUCAGGACAAGCAGACCAGGCAGUGCUGCAAACAGUUGCCUUUGUUCCAGACUUGGCUUACCAUGAGUCAAGUUUCACCUAUUUGCCGGCAAUGGCUGAACAAAUCAUGCCAAAAUUAAUAACAGUGGUCGGUGAUACUGAAGAAGAAACUGCAGUGGCUGGAAUUGAAAGGGAUGUCGCCUUCCUUAUUGAUGGAACCGACUCCGUUCGAGCAGACUUUGGUUACGUCCGGGAUUUUAUCCUCAAAGUCAUUCAACCACUUGACAUCGGGAGUGACAAAGUGCGAGUUGCAGUGGUUCAGCAUAGCGAAAGUCCGACUCCUAAUUUCUACCUGAACACCUAUCAGACCAAAGAGGAGGUUAUCAGUGCAGUCAGUCAAAUGGCACUGGCCGGAGGACGCAGUCUCAACACGGGUUCAGCUCUGAAAUUCAUGCGGGACACUAUCUUGUCUGAAAGAUAUGGCAGCCGCCGGGCGCGGAGUGUACCGCAAUUUUUGAUCGUUCUGACUGGAAGCAGAUCCAGGGAUAACGUGAAGGAGCCUGCUGGUGCACUUAAGACUGAGGGGGUUGUGCCGUUUGGUGUCGGAGUCAAGGAUGCGGACCGUAGGCAGAUUGAAGAGAUUUCACACAACCCUUCCUUUGCUUUCAAAGUGAAGGAAUUUAGUGAACUUGACACCGUGCCUCAACAACUUAAUACCUACGUGACACUACCAGCAGCAGAGCUCGACAUCGUCCUACGAGAAGUACAAGGUCACGCUGUUAAAAGAGAUAUCGUGUUCUUAAUGGAUGGCUCUGAAAACACCAGAAACAGCUUCUCAGACAUAAAACUCUUUCUUAAGAAUAUACUGGAGAGUCUGUAUCUCAGUGAGAACCAAGACAGGGUGUCUGUGAUUCAAUUUGCGGAUAAGCCCCAUGUAAACUUUUAUCUGAACUCCCACAAGACCAAGAGUGAAGUUAUGAAUGCCAUUGGAAAUUUAAGGCAUGGUGGAGGUGGGAAGCGCCUUAAUGUUGGGGCUGCAAUGCAGUUUGUGAGACACAGUGUCUUUACUUCCUCCUCUGGCAGCAGGAGACUGGAAGGCGUGCCGCAAAUUUUGAUCUUUCUAGCCACCAAACCAUCCACAGAUGACGUUAGCAGCCCAGCUCGCGCGCUUAAGGACCACGACAUUGUCUCCUUGGGGGUCGGAGUGGGCGAUGCUGAUUUUUCAGAUUUGGAAACGGUUGCCUUUGAACCUGGCUUCAUAUACAAAGUCACUCGUAUAACUGAGUUGCCCUCUAUCCAGUCUGAAAUUAUUGCUGCACUUUAUGCAAGUAAAGAUGCCACAGAAUCCACAACAUAUGAUUUAAUAGUGGAACAAGAGUCUCCACAGAGAGAUAUUGUGUUUCUGGUGGAUGGUUCAGAUGAAACUUUGAGUGGAUUCCCAGCCAUUAAAAGUUUCAUUAAACGAGUUGUCAAAACACUCAAUGUUGGUGAGAACAGGGACCAGGUCUCUGUGGUCCAGUAUAGCAGUGAUUCACAGAUGUACUUCAAUCUCAACACCUACGCUGAUUUACAAGGUGUUCUUACUGCUGUUGAGCAAUUGAAGCACAAAGGUGGCAGGCACCUCAACACAGGGGCAGCUCUGGAAUACGUGAAGACCAAUGCUUUCGCUGAGUCGUCUGGGAGUCGGAAUAAAGAUGGUGUGCCUCAGAUAUUAAUUCUGUUGUGUGGGGGUACAUCUGAAGACGAUGUCACGAGUGUUUCAGCCGCUCUUAAGCAGGACCAAGUUGUCACCUUCUGUGUGGGAACCAAAAAUUCUGAUCUACUCGAGCUGCAAAACAUUGCGCAUGUACCAUCUUAUGCCUUUGCUCUGCCACAGUUUGAGGAUACUGGAAGAAUCUAUCAGCAGCUAGUUUCUUUUGUGAAAAGAGUGCCUCGGCAGACAAGAGCAAAACCUCAAACUGUAUUAGAUUCCAUGAGACGGGACAUUGUAUUUUUACUUGAUGGAUCUGAUGCAUCUGAACCAAGAUUCCAAGAUAUUAAGGAUUUUGUUCUAGGGAUAGUGGCAGAGCUUCAUAUCCAUGCAAACAAUGACCAGGUUGCUGUGGUUCAAUACAGCAACACAGCACAGAUACACUUUGACUUGGGGCACUUUUCCUCAGCGGACGUUGUUGUCGAUGCAAUAAGAGGUCUCAGUCAUAAAGGCGGUUCACCAAACAACAUUGGCGCAGCCCUCCAAUAUUUGAGGGAGUAUGUCUUUACCCCUGAUGCAGGUAGUAGAUUCCCACUCGGUGUUCCGCAAAUCCUUUUUGUGCUUAGCAAUGAAAGAUCAGCAGAUGACAUAAGGGUGCCAGUCAGAAUGCUGAAAGAGAUUGGCGUGUUCAUAGUUUCCAUUGGAACAACUAAUGCUGAUGUCCUAGAACUUCAGACAAUGUCUCACAAUGCCAAUUAUGCACUUUCUGUAAGUGAUUACAAAGAACUCCUUGCUGCUAAGGAAGAUGUUUUGUCAUUACUUAAAGAGACAGACCACCAUUUAGAACAAUCCACACCACUGGAGAGCUCUGAAUCAAGGAAAAGUGAUGUAGUGUUUCUGAUUGAUGGAUCAUAUGACUCACGAAAUGGCUUUGAAGCUAUUCGACAAUUUAUUGAACAAAUGGCUGAAAACUUGAGCCUUGAUGAUAGAGACCAGGUGGCUGUCGUUCAAUACAGCCGCAAUGCCACCGUCAAUUUCUACUUGAAUUCUUACUCAUCAAAGACAGAUCUGCUAAAUUCUAUUCGAACCAUGGGGCAUAAGUAUGGCAGACCCCUCUACCUUGGCAAAGCACUGGAGUUUGUCAGAGACAACGUCUUUGCAGCUUCGGUCGGGGGCCGAGGCGCAUCUCUGGUCCCUCAGUAUCUGUUUGUCUUUAGUGGCGGCAGAUCCAGGGAUGAUGUAAGAGGACCAGCUCAGUCACUCAAAGAAAAUGGAAUUAAAACAUUCUCUAUUGGAACAAAUAAUGCUGAUACAUUGGAAAUGCAAAACAUCUCUUAUACACCAUCACACUAUUUUUCCAUUACGAGCUUUACAAAUCUGCCAAGUGUUCAGGAAUCUAUCAAAGCCAUUUUGAGAGAUGUUGAUGACACAACCAGAUAUACGCCUGCUGUUGGUACUUCCACAGUUACACAAUUAGAACUUGGUGGUCCUGCUGAUGUUGUUUUUCUACUUGCUGGAUCUGAUGACAUGCUAGCAAAUGAAUCACCUGUUUUGGAUUUCGUGAGACAGUUUGUUCAAAAAGUACAAAUUGGGCCAAGCAAUGUACAAGUUGCUGUAAUUCAGUAUAGUACAGCAGCCACAGCAGAAUUUGUCUUAAAUUCUUAUGGACAAAAGGAUGAUAUAUUGAGCCACAUGAGCAAUGUAAGACUGAAGGGAGGUUCCACCGUGAACACUGGUUCAGCUCUUGAUUAUGUGAAGAAGUACGUGUUCACGACAUCUGCUGGAAGCCGAGCCCAGCAAGGAAUCCCACAAGCAAUGAUUGUCUUAAGUGGGAAAACGUCUGACGAUAAUGUUGCCGAACCGCUGAAUAGACUAAGAGAUGCUGGAAUUGUCCUUUAUAGCAUUGGAAUAAAUGAUGCCGAUCGACAAGAAAUGGAGGAAAUAUCACACAGUGUGGAAACUGCAAUAUUUAUCAAUGCAACAACUGACUUCACAAAAGUGACUAAUUAUUUGCUCUCUGCAAUUUUAUCUCACAAAGAAGUAGCUGGCCCUGGUCACGCUGAAACGCACACCAAAAAGGAUAUUGUAUUUCUUCUGGAUGGUUCUGAUGGAACAAGGAAUGGCUUCCCUGCAAUGCGUGAUUUUGUUGAAAAAGUGGUGGAGUCGUUUAAUCUGGAAGGUGACGGGGACCGUGUCUCCGUGGUCCAAUACAGCAGAAAUGCAGAGGUGCACUUCUAUUUAAACUCAUACACCACAAAAGAGGGUAUUGUGGAUGCAGUCAGAGCGCUCAGACACAGAGGAGGAAGACCCCUCAAUACCGGGGCAGCACUCCGAUAUGUUAUUGACAACAUCUUUACAAACUCCUUUGGGAGUAGGAACCUGCAAGGAGUUCCACAGAUCUUGAUUUUAAUAAACAGCAGGCGAUCUUUUGACAGCAUUGAUGCACCAUCCUCUGAUCUCAAACAGAAAGGCAUCUAUACAAUCAACAUUGGAACUCGAAGCACUGACAAAAGUGAGAUGCAGAAGAUAUCCCAUGAACCCAGUUAUGCAGUAACUGCGUUUGACUUUACUGGGCUACACAAUGUCAAAAAAGAACUCUCCUCUUUGAUUGGAAGAGUGGAAAAAAUUUCAAUGACACAAAAAAUAACUGAAGAGAAUAGAAAAGAAAGGGAUGUCAUUUUCUUGUUGGAUGGGUCUGACGCCACACGAAACUCGUUCCCAGCUAUGAGAGACUUUGUCCAAAGAGUCGUAGAGACACUGAGUGUUGAUGACAACAAAGAUCGUGUCUCGCUGGUUCAGUACAGCCGAGACGCAGCUGUCCAGUUCUAUCUGAACACAUACACGACAAAGGGCGAGAUCCUUGACAUUGUCAGAGGGUUGAGGCACAGAGGCGGCAGACCCCUCAACACCGGAGCAGCUCUCCAGUACUUGAGGGAUAACGUCUUCACCGCCUCUGCCGGCAGCAGACGCCUUGAAGGAGUCCCACAGCUCCUAAUAUUGCUAAGCGGCGGAAGGUCUUUUGACAGUGUCGAUGCACCCGCUUCUGCUCUCAAACAGCUCGGAGUGCUGAUCUUUCCCAUCGGAAGCAGAAGCUCCGAUAGCGGAGAGCUGCAGAAGAUAGCCCACGAUCCCAGAAAUGCUCUGAUUGUACCUGAAUUCACUGACCUCCCAGGUGUCCAACAACAGCUUCAGUCCUCCGUGGAGGCUGUGGUGGCUGACAUCACCCCAGAAACGCCACCAGUAACUGCUGAAGCCGAGAAGGACAUUGUGUUCCUUCUGGAUGGCUCUGAUGGAACAAGGAAUGGCUUCCCCGCCAUGCGAGAUUUUGUUGAGCAAGUGGUGGAGAAACUCAAUGUGGGCGUGAACAGAGACCAUGUCUCUGUCGUCCAGUACGGCAGAGAUGCAGAGGCCAAUUUCUAUCUGAACACGUACAGUAGAAGAGAGGAUAUUGUGGAUGCAGUCAGAGGGCUCAGACACAGAGGAGGAAGACCCCUCAACACAGGGGCCGCCCUCCGAUACGUCAGGGACAACGUCUUUACAAACUCCUCAGGGAGUAGGCGCCCGCAAGGUGUUCCACAGAUCUUGAUCCUGCUAAAUGGCGGGCGCUCUUUUGACAGCGUCGAUGCGCCAGCCUCUGCUCUCAGACAGCAGGGCAUCUUUACAAUCAGCAUUGGAACACAGAACUCUGACAGCAACGAGCUGAAAAAGAUAUCCCAUGACCCUAGUCAUGCCCUGGCAGUGUCUGAGCUCACUGACCUCCCCAGUGUCCAAGAACAGCUCUCCGCCGUAAUGAGCAGGGUACUCAGAGCCACGCCCGUGACACCAACAGUGACUGUGGGCAGAUCAGGAAGGGAUGUCGUUUUCUUGUUGGAUGGGUCUGACGCCACACGAAACUCAUUCCCAGCUAUGAGAGACUUUGUCCAAAGAGUCGUAGAGACACUGAGUGUGGAUGACAACAAAGAUCGUGUCUCGUUGGUUCAGUACAGCCGAGACGCAGCUGUCCAGUUCUAUCUGAACACAUACACGACAAAGGGCGAGAUCCUUGACAUUGUCAGAGGGUUGAGGCACAGAGGCGGCAGACCCCUCAACACCGGAGCAGCUCUCCAGUACUUGAGGGAUAACGUCUUCACCGCCUCUGCCGGCAGCAGACGCCUUGAAGGAGUCCCACAGCUCCUAAUAUUGCUAAGCGGCGGAAGGUCUUUUGACAGUGUCGAUGCACCCGCUUCUGCUCUCAAACAGCUCGGAGUGCUGAUCUUUCCCAUCGGAAGCAGAAGCUCCGAUAGCGGAGAGCUGCAGAAGAUAGCCCACGAUCCCAGAAAUGCUCUGAUUGUACCUGAAUUCACUGACCUCCCAGGUGUCCAACAACAGCUUCAGUCCUCCGUGGAGGCUGUGGUGGCUGACGUCACCCCAGAAACGCCACCAGUAACUGCUGAAGCCAAGAAGGACAUUGUGUUCCUUCUGGAUGGCUCUGAUGGAACAAGGAAUGGCUUCCCCGCCAUGCGAGAUUUUGUUGAGCAAGUGGUGGAGAAACUGAAUGUGGGCGUGAACAGAGACCGUGUCUCUGUCGUCCAGUACGGCAGAGAUGCAGAGGCCAAUUUCUAUCUGAACACGUACAGUAGAAGAGAGGAUAUUGUGGAUGCAGUCAGAGGGCUCAGACACAGAGGAGGAAGACCCCUCAACACAGGGGCCGCCCUCCGAUACGUCAGGGACAACGUCUUUACAAACUCCUCAGGGAGUAGGCGCCCGCAAGGUGUUCCACAGAUCUUGAUCCUGCUAAAUGGCGGGCGCUCUUUUGACAGCGUCGAUGCGCCAGCCUCUGCUCUCAGACAGCAGGGCAUCUUUACAAUCAGCAUUGGAACACAGAACUCUGACAGCAACGAGCUGAAAAAGAUAUCCCAUGACCCUAGUCAUGCCCUGGCAGUGUCUGAGUUCACUGACCUCCCCAGUGUCCAAGAACAGCUCUCCGCCGUAAUGAGCAGGGUACUCAGAGCCACGCCCGUGACACCAACAGUGACUGUGGGCAGAUCAGGAAGGGAUGUCGUUUUCUUGUUGGAUGGGUCUGACGCCACACGAAACUCAUUCCCAGCUAUGAGAGACUUUGUCCAAAGAGUCGUAGAGACACUGAGUGUGGAUGACAACAAAGAUCGUGUCUCGUUGGUUCAGUACAGCCGAGACGCAGCUGUCCAGUUCUAUCUGAACACAUACACGACAAAGGGCGAGAUCCUUGACAUUGUCAGAGGGUUGAGGCACAGAGGCGGCAGACCCCUCAACACGGGAGCAGCUCUCCAGUACUUGAGGGAUAACGUCUUCACCGCCUCUGCCGGCAGCAGACGCCUUGAAGGAGUCCCACAGCUCCUAAUAUUGCUAAGCGGCGGAAGGUCUUUUGACAGUGUCGAUGCACCCGCUUCUGCUCUCAAACAGCUCGGAGUGCUGAUCUUUCCCAUCGGAAGCAGAAGCUCCGAUAGCGGAGAGCUGCAGAAGAUAGCCCACGAUCCCAGAAAUGCUCUGAUUGUACCUGAAUUCACUGACCUCCCAGGUGUCCAACAACAGCUUCAGUCCUCCGUGGAGGCUGUGGUGGCUGACGUCACCCCAGAAACGCCACCAGUAACUGCUGAAGCCAAGAAGGACAUUGUGUUCCUUCUGGAUGGCUCUGAUGGAACAAGGAAUGGCUUCUCCGCCAUGCGAGAUUUUGUUGAGCAAGUGGUGGAGAAACUGAAUGUGGGCGUGAACAGAGACCGUGUCUCUGUCGUCCAGUACGGCAGAGAUGCAGAGGCCAAUUUCUAUCUGAACACGUACAGUAGAAGAGAGGAUAUUGUGGAUGCAGUCAGAGGGCUCAGACACAGAGGAGGAAGACCCCUAAACACAGGGGCCGCCCUCCGAUACGUCAGGGACAACGUCUUUACAAACUCCUCAGGGAGUAGGCGCCCGCAAGGUGUUCCACAGAUCUUGAUCCUGCUAAAUAGCGGGCGCUCUUUUGACAGCGUCGAUGCGCCAGCCUCUGCUCUCAGACAGCAGGGCAUCUUUACAAUCAGCAUUGGAACACAGAACUCUGACAGCAACGAGCUGAAAAAGAUAUCCCAUGACCCUAGUCAUGCCCUGGCAGUGUCUGAGUUCACUGACCUCCCCAGUGUCCAAGAACAGCUCUCCGCCGUAAUGAGCAGGGUACUCAGAGCCACGCCCGUGACACCAACAGUGACUGUGGGCAGAUCAGGAAGGGAUGUCGUUUUCUUGUUGGAUGGGUCUGACGCCACACGAAACUCAUUCCCAGCUAUGAGAGACUUUGUCCAAAGAGUCGUAGAGACACUCAGUGUGGAUGACAACAAAGAUCGUGUCUCGUUGGUUCAGUACAGCCGAGAGGCAGCUGUCCAGUUCUAUCUGAACACAUACACGACAAAGGGCGAGAUCCUUGACAUUGUCAGAGGGUUGAGGCACAGAGGCGGCAGACCCCUCAACACGGGAGCAGCUCUCCAGUACUUGAGGGAUAACGUCUUCACCGCCUCUGCCGGCAGCAGACGCCUUGAAGGAGUCCCACAGCUCCUAAUAUUGCUAAGCGGCGGAAGGUCUUUUGACAGUGUCGAUGCACCCGCUUCUGCUCUCAAACAGCUCGGAGUGCUGAUCUUUCCCAUCGGAAGCAGAAGCUCCGAUAGCGGAGAGCUGCAGAAGAUAGCCCACGAUCCCAGAAAUGCUCUGAUUGUACCUGAAUUCACUGACCUCCCAGGUGUCCAACAACAGCUUCAGUCCUCCGUGGAGGCUGUGGUGGCUGACGUCACCCCAGAAACGCCACCAGUAACUGCUGAAGCCAAGAAGGACAUUGUGUUCCUUCUGGAUGGCUCUGAUGGAACAAGGAAUGGCUUCCCCGCCAUGCGAGAUUUUGUUGAGCAAGUGGUGGAGAAACUCAAUGUGGGCGUGAACAGAGACCGUGUCUCUGUCGUCCAGUACGGCAGAGAUGCAGAGGCCAAUUUCUAUCUGAACACGUACAGUAGAAGAGAGGAUAUUGUGGAUGCAGUCAGAGGGCUCAGACACAGAGGAGGAAGACCCCUAAACACAGGGGCCGCCCUCCGAUACGUCAGGGACAACGUCUUUACAAACUCCUCAGGGAGUAGGCGCCCGCAAGGUGUUCCACAGAUCUUGAUCCUGCUAAAUGGCGGGCGCUCUUUUGACAGCGUCGAUGCGCCAGCCUCUGCUCUCAGACAGCAGGGCAUCUUUACAAUCAGCAUUGGAACACAGAACUCUGACAGCAACGAGCUGAAAAAGAUAUCCCAUGACCCUAGUCAUGCCCUGGCAGUGUCUGAGUUCACUGACCUCCCCAGUGUCCAAGAACAGCUCUCCGCCGUAAUGAGCAGGGUACUCAGAGCCACGCCCGUGACACCAACAGUGACUGUGGGCAGAUCAGGAAGGGAUGUCGUUUUCUUGUUGGAUGGGUCUGACGCCACACGAAACUCAUUCCCAGCUAUGAGAGACUUUGUCCAAAGAGUCGUAGAGACACUCAGUGUGGAUGACAACAAAGAUCGUGUCUCGUUGGUUCAGUACAGCCGAGAGGCAGCUGUCCAGUUCUAUCUGAACACAUACACGACAAAGGGCGAGAUCCUUGACAUUGUCAGAGGGUUGAGGCACAGAGGCGGCAGACCCCUCAACACGGGAGCAGCUCUCCAGUACUUGAAGGAUAACGUCUUCACCGCCUCUGCCGGCAGCAGACGCCUUGAAGGAGUCCCACAGCUCCUAAUAUUGCUAAGCGGCGGAAGGUCUUUUGACAGUGUCGAUGCACCCGCUUCUGCUCUCAAACAGCUCGGAGUGCUGAUCUUUCCCAUCGGAAGCAGAAGCUCCGAUAGCGGAGAGCUGCAGAAGAUAGCCCACGAUCCCAGAAAUGCUCUGAUUGUACCUGAAUUCACUGACCUCCCAGGUGUCCAACAACAGCUUCAGUCCUCCGUGGAGGCUGUGGUGGCUGACGUCACCCCAGAAACGCCACCAGUAACUGCUGAAGCCAAGAAGGACAUUGUGUUCCUUCUGGAUGGCUCUGAUGGAACAAGGAAUGGCUUCCCCGCCAUGCGAGAUUUUGUUGAGCAAGUGGUGGAGAAACUCAAUGUGGGCGUGAACAGAGACCGUGUCUCUGUCGUCCAGUACGGCAGAGAUGCAGAGGCCAAUUUCUAUCUGAACACGUACAGUAGAAGAGAGGAUAUUGUGGAUGCAGUCAGAGGGCUCAGACACAGAGGAGGAAGACCCCUAAACACAGGGGCCGCCCUCCGAUACGUCAGGGACAACGUCUUUACAAACUCCUCAGGGAGUAGACGCCCGCAAGGUGUUCCACAGAUCUUGAUCCUGCUAAAUAGCGGGCGCUCUUUUGACAGCGUCGAUGCGCCAGCCUCUGCUCUCAGACAGCAGGGCAUCUUUACAAUCAGCAUUGGAACACAGAACUCUGACAGCAACGAGCUGAAAAAGAUAUCCCAUGACCCUAGUCAUGCCCUGGCAGUGUCUGAGUUCACUGACCUCCCCAGUGUCCAAGAACAGCUCUCCGCCGUAAUGAGCAGGGUACUCAGAGCCACGCCCGUGACACCAACAGUGACUGUGGGCAGAUCAGGAAGGGAUGUCGUUUUCUUGUUGGAUGGGUCUGACGCCACACGAAACUCAUUCCCAGCUAUGAGAGACUUUGUCCAAAGAGUCGUAGAGACACUCAGUGUGGAUGACAACAAAGAUCGUGUCUCGUUGGUUCAGUACAGCCGAGAGGCAGCUGUCCAGUUCUAUCUGAACACAUACACGACAAAGGGCGAGAUCCUUGACAUUGUCAGAGGGUUGAGGCACAGAGGCGGCAGACCCCUCAACACGGGAGCAGCUCUCCAGUACUUGAGGGAUAACGUCUUCACCGCCUCUGCCGGCAGCAGACGCCUUGAAGGAGUCCCACAGCUCCUAAUAUUGCUAAGCGGCGGAAGGUCUUUUGACAGUGUCGAUGCACCCGCUUCUGCUCUCAAACAGCUCGGAGUGCUGAUCUUUCCCAUCGGAAGCAGAAGCUCCGAUAGCGGAGAGCUGCAGAAGAUAGCCCACGAUCCCAGAAAUGCUCUGAUUGUACCUGAAUUCACUGACCUCCCAGGUGUCCAACAACAGCUUCAGUCCUCCGUGGAGGCUGUGGUGGCUGACGUCACCCCAGAAACGCCACCAGUAACUGCUGAAGCCAAGAAGGACAUUGUGUUCCUUCUGGAUGGCUCUGAUGGAACAAGGAAUGGCUUCCCCGCCAUGCGAGAUUUUUUUGAGCAAGUGGUGGAGAAACUCAAUGUGGGCGUGAACAGAGACCGUGUCUCUGUCGUCCAGUACGGCAGAGAUGCAGAGGCCAAUUUCUAUCUGAACACGUACAGUAGAAGAGAGGAUAUUGUGGAUGCAGUCAGAGGGCUCAGACACAGAGGAGGAAGACCCCUAAACACAGGGGCCGCCCUCCGAUACGUCAGGGACAACGUCUUUACAAACUCCUCAGGGAGUAGGCGCCCGCAAGGUGUUCCACAGAUCUUGAUCCUGCUAAAUGGCGGGCGCUCUUUUGACAGCGUCGAUGCGCCAGCCUCUGCUCUCAGACAGCAGGGCAUCUUUACAAUCAGCAUUGGAACACAGAACUCUGACAGCAACGAGCUGAAAAAGAUAUCCCAUGACCCUAGUCAUGCCCUGGCAGUGUCUGAGUUCACUGACCUCCCCAGUGUCCAAGAACAGCUCUCCGCCGUAAUGAGCAGGGUACUCAGAGCCACGCCCGUGACACCAACAGUGACUGUGGGCAGAUCAGGAAGGGAUGUCGUUUUCUUGUUGGAUGGGUCUGACGCCACACGAAACUCAUUCCCAGCUAUGAGAGACUUUGUCCAAAGAGUCGUAGAGACACUGAGUGUGGAUGACAACAAAGAUCGUGUCUCGUUGGUUCAGUACAGCCGAGACGCAGCUGUCCAGUUCUAUCUGAACACAUACACGACAAAGGGCGAGAUCCUUGACAUUGUCAGAGGGUUGAGGCACAGAGGCGGCAGACCCCUCAACACGGGAGCAGCUCUCCAGUACUUGAGGGAUAACGUCUUCACCGCCUCUGCCGGCAGCAGACGCCUUGAAGGAGUCCCACAGCUCCUAAUAUUGCUAAGCGGCGGAAGGUCUUUUGACAGUGUCGAUGCACCCGCUUCUGCUCUCAAACAGCUCGGAGUGCUGAUCUUUCCCAUCGGAAGCAGAAGCUCCGAUAGCGGAGAGCUGCAGAAGAUAGCCCACGAUCCCAGAAAUGCUCUGAUUGUACCUGAAUUCACUGACCUCCCAGGUGUCCAACAACAGCUUCAGUCCUCCGUGGAGGCUGUGGUGGCUGACGUCACCCCAGAAACGCCACCAGUAACUGCUGAAGCCAAGAAGGACAUUGUGUUCCUUCUGGAUGGCUCUGAUGGAACAAGGAAUGGCUUCCCCGCCAUGCGAGAUUUUGUUGAGCAAGUGGUGGAGAAACUCAAUGUGGGCGUGAACAGAGACCGUGUCUCUGUCGUCCAGUACGGCAGAGAUGCAGAGGCCAAUUUCUAUCUGAACACGUACAGUAGAAGAGAGGAUAUUGUGGAUGCAGUCAGAGGGCUCAGACACAGAGGAGGAAGACCCCUAAACACAGGGGCCGCCCUCCGAUACGUCAGGGACAACGUCUUUACAAACUCCUCAGGGAGUAGGCGCCCGCAAGGUGUUCCACAGAUCUUGAUCCUGCUAAAUGGCGGGCGCUCUUUUGACAGCGUCGAUGCGCCAGCCUCUGCUCUCAGACAGCAGGGCAUCUUUACAAUCAGCAUUGGAACACAGAACUCUGACAGCAACGAGCUGAAAAAGAUAUCCCAUGACCCUAGUCAUGCCCUGGCAGUGUCUGAGUUCACUGACCUCCCCAGUGUCCAAGAACAGCUCUCCGCCGUAAUGAGCAGGGUACUCAGAGCCACGCCCGUGACACCAACAGUGACUGUGGGCAGAUCAGGAAGGGAUGUCGUUUUCUUGUUGGAUGGGUCUGACGCCACACGAAACUCAUUCCCAGCUAUGAGAGACUUUGUCCAAAGAGUCGUAGAGACACUGAGUGUGGAUGACAACAAAGAUCGUGUCUCGUUGGUUCAGUACAGCCGAGACGCAGCUGUCCAGUUCUAUCUGAACACAUACACGACAAAGGGCGAGAUCCUUGACAUUGUCAGAGGGUUGAGGCACAGAGGCGGCAGACCCCUCAACACGGGAGCAGCUCUCCAGUACUUGAGGGAUAACGUCUUCACCGCCUCUGCCGGCAGCAGACGCCUUGAAGGAGUCCCACAGCUCCUAAUAUUGCUAAGCGGCGGAAGGUCUUUUGACAGUGUCGAUGCACCCGCUUCUGCUCUCAAACAGCUCGGAGUGCUGAUCUUUCCCAUCGGAAGCAGAAGCUCCGAUAGCGGAGAGCUGCAGAAGAUAGCCCACGAUCCCAGAAAUGCUCUGAUUGUACCUGAAUUCACUGACCUCCCAGGUGUCCAACAACAGCUUCAGUCCUCCGUGGAGGCUGUGGUGGCUGACGUCACCCCAGAAACGCCACCAGUAACUGCUGAAGCCAAGAAGGACAUUGUGUUCCUUCUGGAUGGCUCUGAUGGAACAAGGAAUGGCUUCUCCGCCAUGCGAGAUUUUGUUGAGCAAGUGGUGGAGAAACUGAAUGUGGGCGUGAACAGAGACCGUGUCUCUGUCGUCCAGUACGGCAGAGAUGCAGAGGCCAAUUUCUAUCUGAACACGUACAGUAGAAGAGAGGAUAUUGUGGAUGCAGUCAGAGGGCUCAGACACAGAGGAGGAAGACCCCUAAACACAGGGGCCGCCCUCCGAUACGUCAGGGACAACGUCUUUACAAACUCCUCAGGGAGUAGGCGCCCGCAAGGUGUUCCACAGAUCUUGAUCCUGCUAAAUAGCGGGCGCUCUUUUGACAGCGUCGAUGCGCCAGCCUCUGCUCUCAGACAGCAGGGCAUCUUUACAAUCAGCAUUGGAACACAGAACUCUGACAGCAACGAGCUGAAAAAGAUAUCCCAUGACCCUAGUCAUGCCCUGGCAGUGUCUGAGUUCACUGACCUCCCCAGUGUCCAAGAACAGCUCUCCGCCGUAAUGAGCAGGGUACUCAGAGCCACGCCCGUGACACCAACAGUGACUGUGGGCAGAUCAGGAAGGGAUGUCGUUUUCUUGUUGGAUGGGUCUGACGCCACACGAAACUCAUUCCCAGCUAUGAGAGACUUUGUCCAAAGAGUCGUAGAGACACUGAGUGUGGAUGACAACAAAGAUCGUGUCUCGUUGGUUCAGUACAGCCGAGACGCAGCUGUCCAGUUCUAUCUGAACACAUACACGACAAAGGGCGAGAUCCUUGACAUUGUCAGAGGGUUGAGGCACAGAGGCGGCAGACCCCUCAACACCGGAGCAGCUCUCCAGUACUUGAGGGAUAACGUCUUCACCGCCUCUGCCGGCAGCAGACGCCUUGAAGGAGUCCCACAGCUCCUAAUAUUGCUAAGCGGCGGAAGGUCUUUUGACAGUGUCGAUGCACCCGCUUCUGCUCUAAAACAGCUCGGAGUGCUGAUCUUUCCCAUCGGAAGCAGAAGCGCCGAUAGCGGAGAGCUGCAGAAGAUAGCCCACGAUCCCAGAAAUGCUCUGAUUGUACCUGAAUUCACUGACCUCCCAGGUGUCCAACAACAGCUUCAGUCCUCCGUGGAGGCUGUGGUGGCUGACGUCACCCCAGAAACGCCACCAGUAACUGCUGAAGCCAAGAAGGACAUUGUGUUCCUUCUGGAUGGCUCUGAUGGAACAAGGAAUGGCUUCCCCGCCAUGCGAGAUUUUGUUGAGCAAGUGGUGGAGAAACUCAAUGUGGGCGUGAACAGAGACCGUGUCUCUGUCGUCCAGUACGGCAGAGAUGCAGAGGCCAAUUUCUAUCUGAACACGUACAGUACAAGAGAGGAUAUUGUGGAUGCAGUCAGAGGGCUCAGACACAGAGGAGGAAGACCCCUCAACACAGGGGCCGCCCUCCGAUACGUCAGGGACAACGUCUUUACAAACUCCUCAGGGAGUAGGCGCCCGCAAGGUGUUCCACAGAUCUUGAUCCUGCUAAAUGGCGGGCGCUCUUUUGACAGCGUCGAUGCGCCAGCCUCUGCUCUCAGACAGCAGGGCAUCUUUACAAUCAGCAUUGGAACACAGAACUCUGACAGCAACGAGCUGAAAAAGAUAUCCCAUGACCCUAGUUAUGCCCUGGCAGUGUCUGAGUUCACUGACCUCCCCAGUGUCCAAGAACAGCUCUCCGCCGUAAUGAGCAGGGUACUCAGAGCCACGCCCGUGACACCAACAGUGACUGUGGGCAGAUCAGGAAGGGAUGUCGUUUUCUUGUUGGAUGGGUCUGACGCCACACGAAACUCAUUCCCAGCUAUGAGAGACUUUGUCCAAAGAGUCGUAGAGACACUCAGUGUGGAUGACAACAAAGAUCGUGUCUCGUUGGUUCAGUACAGCCGAGACGCAGCUGUCCAGUUCUAUCUGAACACAUACACGACAAAGGGCGAGAUCCUUGACAUUGUCAGAGGGUUGAGGCACAGAGGCGGCAGACCCCUCAACACCGGAGCAGCUCUCCAGUACUUGAGGGAUAACGUCUUCACCGCCUCUGCCGGCAGCAGACGCCUUGAAGGAGUCCCACAGCUCCUAAUAUUGCUAAGCGGCGGAAGGUCUUUUGACAGUGUCGAUGCACCCGCUUCUGCUCUCAAACAGCUCGGAGUGCUGAUCUUUCCCAUCGGAAGCAGAAGCUCCGAUAGCGGAGAGCUGCAGAAGAUAGCCCACGAUCCCAGAAAUGCUCUGAUUGUACCUGAAUUCACUGACCUCCCAGGUGUCCAACAACAGCUUCAGUCCUCCGUGGAGGCUGUGGUGGCUGACGUCACCCCAGAAACGCCACCAGUAACUGCUGAAGCCAAGAAGGACAUUGUGUUCCUUCUGGAUGGCUCUGAUGGAACAAGGAAUGGCUUCCCCGCCAUGCGAGAUUUUGUUGAGCAAGUGGUGGAGAAACUGAAUGUGGGCGUGAACAGAGACCGUGUCUCUGUUGUCCAGUACGGCAGAGAUGCAGAGGCCAAUUUCUAUCUGAACACGUACAGUAGAAGAGAGGAUAUUGUGGAUGCAGUCAGAGGGCUCAGACACAGAGGAGGAAGACCCCUAAACACAGGGGCCGCCCUCCGAUACGUCAGGGACAACGUCUUUACAAACUCCUCAGGGAGUAGGCGCCCGCAAGGUGUUCCACAGAUCUUGAUCCUGCUAAAUGGCGGGCGCUCUUUUGACAGCGUCGAUGCGCCAGCCUCUGCUCUCAGACAGCAGGGCAUCUUUACAAUCAGCAUUGGAACACAGAACUCUGACAGCAACGAGCUGAAAAAGAUAUCCCAUGACCCUAGUCAUGCCCUGGCAGUGUCUGAGUUCACUGACCUCCCCAGUGUCCAAGAACAGCUCUCCGCCGUAAUGAGCAGGGUACUCAGAGCCACGCCCGUGACACCAACAGUGACUGUGGGCAGAUCAGGAAGGGAUGUCGUUUUCUUGUUGGAUGGGUCUGACGCCACACGAAACUCAUUCCCAGCUAUGAGAGACUUUGUCCAAAGAGUCGUAGAGACACUCAGUGUGGAUGACAACAAAGAUCGUGUCUCGUUGGUUCAGUACAGCCGAGACGCAGCUGUCCAGUUCUAUCUGAACACAUACACGACAAAGGGCGAGAUCCUUGACAUUGUCAGAGGGUUGAGGCACAGAGGCGGCAGACCCCUCAACACCGGAGCAGCUCUCCAGUACUUGAGGGAUAACGUCUUCACCGCCUCUGCCGGCAGCAGACGCCUUGAAGGAGUCCCACAGCUCCUAAUAUUGCUAAGCGGCGGAAGGUCUUUUGACAGUGUCGAUGCACCCGCUUCUGCUCUCAAACAGCUCGGAGUGCUGAUCUUUCCCAUCGGAAGCAGAAGCUCCGAUAGCGUAGAGCUGCAGAAGAUAGCCCACGAUCCCAGAAAUGCUCUGAUUGUACCUGAAUUCACUGACCUCCCAGGUGUCCAACAACAGCUUCAGUCCUCCGUGGAGGCUGUGGUGGCUGACGUCACCCCAGAAACGCCACCAGUAACUGCUGAAGCCAAGAAGGACAUUGUGUUCCUUCUGGAUGGCUCUGAUGGAACAAGGAAUGGCUUCCCCGCCAUGCGAGAUUUUGUUGAGCAAGUGGUGGAGAAACUCAAUGUGGGCGUGAACAGAGACCGUGUCUCUGUCGUCCAGUACGGCAGAGAUGCAGAGGCCAAUUUCUAUCUGAACACGUACAGUAGAAGAGAGGAUAUUGUGGAUGCAGUCAGAGGGCUCAGACACAGAGGAGGAAGACCCCUCAACACAGGGGCCGCCCUCCGAUACGUCAGGGACAACGUCUUUACAAACUCCUCAGGGAGUAGGCGCCCGCAAGGUGUUCCACAGAUCUUGAUCCUGCUAAAUGGCGGGCGCUCUUUUGACAGCGUCGAUGCGCCAGCCUCUGCUCUCAGACAGCAGGGCAUCUUUACAAUCAGCAUUGGAACACAGAACUCUGACAGCAACGAGCUGAAAAAGAUAUCCCAUGACCCUAGUCAUGCCCUGGCAGUGUCUGAGUUCACUGACCUCCCCAGUGUCCAAGAACAGCUCUCCGCCGUAAUGAGCAGGGUACUCAGAGCCACGCCCGUGACACCAACAGUGACUGUGGGCAGAUCAGGAAGGGAUGUCGUUUUCUUGUUGGAUGGGUCUGACGCCACACGAAACUCAUUCCCAGCUAUGAGAGACUUUGUCCAAAGAGUCGUAGAGACACUGAGUGUGGAUGACAACAAAGAUCGUGUCUCGUUGGUUCAGUACAGCCGAGACGCAGCUGUCCAGUUCUAUCUGAACACAUACACGACAAAGGGCGAGAUCCUUGACAUUGUCAGAGGGUUGAGGCACAGAGGCGGCAGACCCCUCAACACCGGAGCAGCUCUCCAGUACUUGAGGGAUAACGUCUUCACCGCCUCUGCCGGCAGCAGACGCCUUGAAGGAGUCCCACAGCUCCUAAUAUUGCUAAGCGGCGGAAGGUCUUUUGACAGUGUCGAUGCACCCGCUUCUGCUCUAAAACAGCUCGGAGUGCUGAUCUUUCCCAUCGGAAGCAGAAGCGCCGAUAGCGGAGAGCUGCAGAAGAUAGCCCACGAUCCCAGAAAUGCUCUGAUUGUACCUGAAUUCACUGACCUCCCAGGUGUCCAACAACAGCUUCAGUCCUCCGUGGAGGCUGUGGUGGCUGACGUCACCCCAGAAACGCCACCAGUAACUGCUGAAGCCAAGAAGGACAUUGUGUUCCUUCUGGAUGGCUCUGAUGGAACAAGGAAUGGCUUCCCCGCCAUGCGAGAUUUUGUUGAGCAAGUGGUGGAGAAACUCAAUGUGGGCGUGAACAGAGACCGUGUCUCUGUCGUCCAGUACGGCAGAGAUGCAGAGGCCAAUUUCUAUCUGAACACGUACAGUAGAAGAGAGGAUAUUGUGGAUGCAGUCAGAGGGCUCAGACACAGAGGAGGAAGACCCCUAAACACAGGGGCCGCCCUCCGAUACGUCAGGGACAACGUCUUUACAAACUCCUCAGGGAGUAGGCGCCCGCAAGGUGUUCCACAGAUCUUGAUCCUGCUAAAUGGCGGGCGCUCUUUUGACAGCGUCGAUGCGCCAGCCUCUGCUCUCAGACAGCAGGGCAUCUUUACAAUCAGCAUUGGAACACAGAACUCUGACAGCAACGAGCUGAAAAAGAUAUCCCAUGACCCUAGUCAUGCCCUGGCAGUGUCUGAGUUCACUGACCUCCCCAGUGUCCAAGAACAGCUCUCCGCCGUAAUGAGCAGGGUACUCAGAGCCACGCCCGUGACACCAACAGUGACUGUGGGCAGAUCAGGAAGGGAUGUCGUUUUCUUGUUGGAUGGGUCUGACGCCACACGAAACUCAUUCCCAGCUAUGAGAGACUUUGUCCAAAGAGUCGUAGAGACACUCAGUGUGGAUGACAACAAAGAUCGUGUCUCGUUGGUUCAGUACAGCCGAGACGCAGCUGUCCAGUUCUAUCUGAACACAUACACGACAAAGGGCGAGAUCCUUGACAUUGUCAGAGGGUUGAGGCACAGAGGCGGCAGACCCCUCAACACGGGAGCAGCUCUCCAGUACUUGAGGGAUAACGUCUUCACCGCCUCUGCCGGCAGCAGACGCCUUGAAGGAGUCCCACAGCUCCUAAUAUUGCUAAGCGGCGGAAGGUCUUUUGACAGUGUCGAUGCACCCGCUUCUGCUCUCAAACAGCUCGGAGUGCUGAUCUUUCCCAUCGGAAGCAGAAGCUCCGAUAGCGGAGAGCUGCAGAAGAUAGCCCACGAUCCCAGAAAUGCUCUGAUUGUACCUGAAUUCACUGACCUCCCAGGUGUCCAACAACAGCUUCAGUCCUCCGUGGAGGCUGUGGUGGCUGACGUCACCCCAGAAACGCCACCAGUAACUGCUGAAGCCAAGAAGGACAUUGUGUUCCUUCUGGAUGGCUCUGAUGGAACAAGGAAUGGCUUCCCCGCCAUGCGAGAUUUUGUUGAGCAAGUGGUGGAGAAACUCAAUGUGGGCGUGAACAGAGACCGUGUCUCUGUCGUCCAGUACGGCAGAGAUGCAGAGGCCAAUUUCUAUCUGAACACGUACAGUAGAAGAGAGGAUAUUGUGGAUGCAGUCAGAGGGCUCAGACACAGAGGAGGAAGACCCCUAAACACAGGGGCCGCCCUCCGAUACGUCAGGGACAACGUCUUUACAAACUCCUCAGGGAGUAGGCGCCCGCAAGGUGUUCCACAGAUCUUGAUCCUGCUAAAUGGCGGGCGCUCUUUUGACAGCGUCGAUGCGCCAGCCUCUGCUCUCAGACAGCAGGGCAUCUUUACAAUCAGCAUUGGAACACAGAACUCUGACAGCAACGAGCUGAAAAAGAUAUCCCAUGACCCUAGUCAUGCCCUGGCAGUGUCUGAGCUCACUGACCUCCCCAGUGUCCAAGAACAGCUCUCCGCCGUAAUGAGCAGGGUACUCAGAGCCACGCCCGUGACACCAACAGUGACUGUGGGCAGAUCAGGAAGGGAUGUCGUUUUCUUGUUGGAUGGGUCUGACGCCACACGAAACUCAUUCCCAGCUAUGAGAGACUUUGUCCAAAGAGUCGUAGACACACUGAGUGUGGAUGACAACAAAGAUCGUGUCUCGUUGGUUCAGUACAGCCGAGACGCAGCUGUCCAGUUCUAUCUGAACACAUACACGACAAAGGGCGAGAUUCUUGACAUUGUCAGAGGGUUGAGGCACAGAGGCGGCAGACCCCUCAACACCGGAGCAGCUCUCCAGUACUUGAGGGAUAACGUCUUCACCGCCUCUGCCGGCAGCAGACGCCUUGAAGGAGUCCCACAGCUCCUAAUAUUGCUAAGCGGCGGAAGGUCUUUUGACAGUGUCGAUGCACCCGCUUCUGCUCUCAAACAGCUCGGAGUGCUGAUCUUUCCCAUCGGAAGCAGAAGCUCCGAUAGCGGAGAGCUGCAGAAGAUAGCCCACGAUCCCAGAAAUGCUCUGAUUGUACCUGAAUUCACUGACCUCCCAGGUGUCCAACAACAGCUUCAGUCCUCCGUGGAGGCUGUGGUGGCUGACGUCACCCCAGAAACGCCACCAGUAACUGCUGAAGCCAAGAAGGACAUUGUGUUCCUUCUGGAUGGCUCUGAUGGAACAAGGAAUGGCUUCCCCGCCAUGCGAGAUUUUGUUGAGCAAGUGGUGGAGAAACUGAAUGUGGGCGUGAACAGAGACCGUGUCUCUGUCGUCCAGUACGGCAGAGAUGCAGAGGCCAAUUUCUAUCUGAACACGUACAGUAGAAGAGAGGAUAUUGUGGAUGCAGUCAGAGGGCUCAGACACAGAGGAGGAAGACCCCUAAACACAGGGGCCGCCCUCCGAUACGUCAGGGACAACGUCUUUACAAACUCCUCAGGGAGUAGGCGCCCGCAAGGUGUUCCACAGAUCUUGAUCCUGCUAAAUGGCGGGCGCUCUUUUGACAGCGUCGAUGCGCCAGCCUCUGCUCUCAGACAGCAGGGCAUCUUUACAAUCAGCAUUGGAACACAGAACUCUGACAGCAACGAGCUGAAAAAGAUAUCCCAUGACCCUAGUCAUGCCCUGGCAGUGUCUGAGUUCACUGACCUCCCCAGUGUCCAAGAACAGCUCUCCGCCGUGAUGAGCAGGGUACUCAGAGCCACGCCCGUGACACCAACAGUGACUGUGGGCAGAUCAGGAAGGGAUGUCGUUUUCUUGUUGGAUGGGUCUGACGCCACACGAAACUCAUUCCCAGCUAUGAGAGACUUUGUCCAAAGAGUCGUAGAGACACUGAGUGUAGAUGACAACAAAGAUCGUGUCUCGUUGGUUCAGUACAGCCGAGACGCAGCUGUCCAGUUCUAUCUGAACACAUACACGACAAAGGGCGAGAUCCUUGACAUUGUCAGAGGGUUGAGGCACAGAGGCGGCAGACCCCUCAACACCGGAGCAGCUCUCCAGUACUUGAGGGAUAACGUCUUCACCGCCUCUGCCGGCAGCAGACGCCUUGGAGGAGUCCCACAGCUCCUAAUAUGGCUAAGCGGCGGAAGGUCUUUUGACAGUGUCAGUGCACCCGCUUCUGCUCUCAAACAGCUCGGAGUGCUCAUUUUUGCUAUCGGUGCAAGGAGCUCCGAUAGCAGAGAACUGCAAAUUGUAGUCCAGGAUCCCAGAAAUGUUUUUUCUGUUUCUGAAUUUUCUGACUCUUCUGCGAUGGGCAGAGUUCUAAAUGCUCUUUUCAUGACACCAACAGUGAUCGCUGAGUCACAAGGACCACGGAAGGACAUCAUCUUCGUCGUUGAUGGAUCUGACAGCGUUGGACGGGAUUUCCCCGUCAUCCUGGAGUUCAUUCGUAGGAUUGUGGAGAACCUGAAUCUCGGCGAAAAUAAGAUCCGUAUCGGCGUGACACAGUUUGCUGAUUAUGCACAGGCUGACAUGUAUCUGAACACAUAUACAACCAAAGAAGAUGUCUUGAAUGCAGUGAGAGGAUUUAGGCAGCGGGGAGGAAGACAACGAAACCUGGGCCAGGCAUUACAAUUUGUGAAUGAUGAUAUGCUGACAGCUGCGCGAGGCAGCCGGAAACAAGAGGGUGUUCCUCAGUUUCUGGUUGUUGUCUCAAGUGGGUCUCCGACAGAUGACAUCAGUCGUCCAGCAACCGCACUCAAGGAAUCAAGAGUUAUUCCAUUAAGCAUUGGCACCAGGGAUGUGAAUUCAAAAGAUCUGCAAACGGUGUCCUUCGUUCCGAACUUUGCCUACACAGUGGAUGAUCUCCCAAGCUUGCAUACAGCCCAAGAAACUGUCAUUGACACGAUUACUAAAUUAUCAGACGAUGACAUUGCCCGGCUCACGCCACAAUUCACAGUCAUUGACGCAAUUGGACCAAGCACAGAAGAAGAAAAGAGGGAUGUUGUAUUUCUUAUCGAUGGUUCGAGUUCAGCACGAAAUGAAUUUCCUUCCAUUCGCGAAAUGAUCAGAAGAGUUGUGGAGAAGCUGGAUGUUGGACUGGACAAAGUCAGAAUUUCAGUUGUACAGUAUAGUGAUGAUGCCAAGGUAGAUUUUCCCCUCGAUGAAUUUUCCACCAAAAAUGAAGUACGCCAGGCUGUGACGCAACUUCGAAGCAAUGGAGGAAGUCGUCUGAACACAGGUCGUGCUCUUGAGUGGGUCUCUCGAAACAUCUACCAAAGGUCCGCAGGAAGCCGGAUCGAAGAUGGAGUGCCUCAGUUUUUAAUUCUAGUAACCAGUGGCAGCUCUACAGAUGAUGUUACCAGUCCAGCGGACCAACUUAAGAGAAACCACGUUGCACCUAUUGCCAUCGGUUCAAGGAAUUCUGACCUGGACGAGCUGAGGAAAAUUUCCCUCAAGCCUGAACUUGCAUACAGCGUUGACAGUUUCAAGGAACUUCCAACAGUGGAGCAGCAACUCAUUAAUUCAGUCAAAACAAUUUCUUCCAAAGUUAUCAUCGAAAGCUAUCGCCCUCCAGAUGUAGUCUUAGAUAUCUUAGACGUUGGGAGAAAGGACAUUGUUUUCCUUAUUGAUGGAUCGGACAGCACAGGUACCACAGGUAUUGCUCACAUCCGGGACUUUAUUUUAAAGCUUGUUCGACAACUCGACGUGCGCUCUGACCAAGUGCGCGUGGCCCUCGUCCAGUACGCUGACCGAGCCAAAACUGAGUUCUCACUUAAUUCACAUGACUCCAAGCCAGAUGUUGUCACAGCCAUUAGAAAACUUCGUCAAAUGGGUGGUCGCUCCUCCAACCUGGCUGAUGCUAUUCAAUAUGUCAUACAGAAUGAGUUAAAGCCCUCUGCUGGUGUUCGUCCAAUGGAUGCCUCCCAGCAUCUUGUGGUUCUUACAGGGGGACGUUCCCCGCAGGAUGUAUCUCUCUAUGGGACUUUGUUAAAGCAAUCCAAGGUUAACUGUAUUGGAAUAGGAGCAAGUGGAGCAGACACAAGGCAGCUCACCCAAAUUGCUAGAUCCCCAGAAGAUGUCCUUCAGGUUCCCAAAUUCCCUGACCUGUCAGCAAUCAGCGAUAGGUUCGUUGCUAGACUGACGGGGACCCUCCCAGUUGACCCGACCCCAGAUGAGGUUCCCACACAAGGCCUCCCUGCACCAAAGAAGGCUGAUAUUGUGUUUUUGGUGGAUAGCUCCAUGAAUCUGGGCAGAGAUAAUUUCGAGAAAGUGAAGAUAUUUGUGGCCGAACUAAUAGAUCUUUUCUACACUGACAGAGACAAUCUGAGGAUUGGACUGGCACAUUAUGGCACUGACGUUUCAGAUGUGUUCUACCUUAACACCUACAAAAACAGACCAGACAUUAUUACUGCCAUUGAGCGUGCAGAUUAUAAAGGAGGACGUAGAACCAACACGGGUGCGGCUAUUCGACACAUUCAAGAUGUGCACUUCUCCAGAGAAAAGGGUAGUAGGAAAGACGAAGGAACUCCUCAGAUUCUCAUGGUCGUCACGGGAGGACCAUCAUCUGAUGACAGUAAAUCAGCGGCGCUUGGCUUAAAGAAGACUGGUGUAAGAAUCUUUGCAGUUGGAGUAGGGGACAUGGAGAAUGAGUUAGAGACGCUCGCCAGUGACUCCUCCACUGUGGCCAGAGCCAGAACCUUUACAGAGCUCUCGGAGCUCAAUGAGCAAAUCCUAGGGACAUUAGACGAUGAAGUAAAGGGCAAGCUGUGCGUCGGUGCACAGGAUGCUCCCAAAGCCUGCAACCUAGAGGUGUUGGUGGGCUUCGAUGUUUCUGCCCAAAAUAUCUUCAGUGUCCAAACCAACCUCCUGAGCAAAAUGGCGGCCAUUCUGCAAAGGAUCACCAAAAUGGCAACCAUCAGUUGUUCAUCAGGACAAAUUCCCUCCAUUCAGAUCGGCAUGCUCGCCAUCGAUUCCAAUGGAAGGCCAGUCCAGGUGGACUUCUCUGAUAAUGCCGAUAAGCUAUUGGAAGAAUUUAGAGGCUUGCGUGCUCGUGGCCCCUUCGUCCUCAGUGGCAAGACCAUCUCGGCUUACAAAGAUAGAUUCAGAACCAGACAAGAUACCACCGUCAAGGUUGUUAUACAUCUGACUGAUGGUAUUGAUGAGCCCUAUCCUGAAAUGAAAAGGCGAACUGAAGAGCUCCGUCAGUCAGGAGUCAACAGUUUUAUCCUGGUUGGGCUGGAGCGGGUAUCCAGAUUUGAGGACGCUACAUUGUUGGAAUUCGGCCGUGGAUUCAGGUACACCAGACCGCUUCGACUCAACAUCCUAGACUUGGACUACGAGCUAAUGGAGGAACUGGACAAUAUUGCUGAGAGGGAGUGCUGUGGAGUGGCAUGCAAAUGUACAGGCACAAGGGGAGACCGAGGUUCCAUAGGAGUUUCGGGACCGAAGGGUCGUUCAGGUGGUCCGGGAAGCCAAGGCCAUCCUGGAGAUGAAGGUGGACCGGGAGAGCGAGGCCCUCCUGGUGUGAAUGGAACUCAAGGUUUCCAGGGAUGUCCCGGACAGAGAGGGUUAAAGGGUUCUCGGGGAUAUUCUGGAGAAAAGGGUGAAUCCGGAGAGAUUGGCCUGGACGGCAUUAACGGUGAAGAGGGCAAGAGUGGAGUGGCUGGGCCCUCGGGAGAGAGAGGACAUCCUGGCAGUAGAGGUCCUAAAGGCAUCAAAGGCCAAGCAGGAGACAGAGGAGAAAUGGGAAUCAGAGGAGACCCUGGUUCAAGUGGAAGAGAUAACGCACGACCCGGACCAAAAGGAGACCCUGGUGAUGCCGGACCAGCGGGCGAGCCUGGCGAGGAUGGAAACAAGGGAACACUUGGAGAACCAGGAAGAAGGGGAUCUGACGGGAGACGAGGUGCACCAGGACAAGCUGGCAACGCAGGACCUCCUGGAGUUGAGGGUGUGAGGGGAGAACCUGGAAUCGGGGGAUCCAGAGGUCCAGCCGGACCAAACGGUGCACCAGGACCCAGAGGAGAGGAUGGAAAUCCUGGACCCAGGGGCCCUGGUGGACGCCCGGGUUCUGUGGGAGAAAAGGGAAGAAGAGGCGCAGUCGGUCGCAAGGGAGAGCCCGGAGAUCCAGGAAUUAAAGGCGUCGAGGGACCUUUCGGACCCCGUGGAGAACCUGGCGAAGACGGCAGAGACGGCUUCGGGAUCUCAGGACCCAAAGGAAGACGGGGUGAUGAAGGUUUCCCAGGGUUCCCAGGGCCAAAGGGAGAAGCUGGUAACCCCGGAACCACUGGUGGACCUGGUUCACGAGGAAAUCGCGGACAGAGGGGCGUCUCUGGAAAUGCUGGGACACCCGGACAGAAAGGAGAGGUCGGCUAUCCAGGGCCUUACGGUCAAAAAGGACCAAGAGGACCGGGUGUUGUCCAUUGUGAGCUCGUCCAGAAGAUCAGAGAUAACUGCCCGUGCUGUUACGGAAAGCUUGAGUGUCCGCUGUACCCGACCGAGCUAGCGUUCGCAUUGGACGCAUCCAGCGACGUGGGACGGCCGGCCUUCAACAACAUGCGCGAGGCCGUGCUGCGGCUGCUGCGAGAGAUAACAAUCUCGGAGAGCAAUUGCCCCAGGGGCGCCCGCGUGGCGCUGGCCCUCUACAACAGUGAGGUGACCACCGAAGUGCGCUUUGCCGAUGCGAUGAAGAAGCGAGCACUGCUGCGCCACGUGGAGGGCUUGCAGACACUGCAGACCAACAAGCGCCGCAGCCUGGAGACAGCCAUGAGCUUCGUGGCACACAAUACUUUCAAGAGGGUCCGCAGCGGCUUCCUGGUCCGCAAGGUUGCCGUCUUCUUCGUGGGUGGCUCGGUUUCCAACACUCAGGCCGUCACCAAUGCCGCGCUGCGCCUGCACGAUGCCGGCGUUGCCACUGUGGUACUGCUCAGGAAUGAUGACAGGGGCCUCGCGAGAGCCUUGCAGGUAAACAACACAGCAUUGGCCCAGGUCAUCGUCUUGCCAGACUCAGGAAGUGCACAGUUUGACACGGUCAUGAGAAAGGUCAUGAGCUGUCACCUCUGUUUUGACUUCUGCUCUCCGGACCCAACAUGUGACUACGUCCCACCGUCAUCCGGUCGAGACAGACGGUCUUUCACCACUGACGUGGACAUUGACAUUGGCUAUAUCGUGGACAGCUCAGAAAGCACAUACCCUGCUGUUUUCACGGAAAUCAAACGCUACGUUGCGCAUAUGGUGGAGCACCUCCACGUCGCGUCUGUCCCCAGCACGUCCGCUCACCACGCCAGAGUGGCCUUUGUCCAGCAGGCGCCCUACGAAUUUCUCCGCAACCACACCGGCCUUCCCGUCCACGUGGAUGUCGGCCUGACUGAUCAUGGGUCAGCAAAAUCCUUGGUUGACUUCUUGCUGGAAAAGACACCCCAGCUUGAAGGCGGACGCUCGUUAGCGGACGCCGUGGAAUGGACUUCUGAUCACGUUUUUGAGAAGGCACCCCUGCCGCGCCCCCGCAAAGUGUUGGCGCUCUUUGUGACUGGCAGCGUAGAGGAGGAGGAGGAGCGCCUGGUGCGUGUCGCCACCGAGGUCAAGUGCAGAGGUUACUUCGUGGUUAUCUUCGGCGUGGGCGACAGGCUGAGCGCCGCCGACAAUCGCGUCCUGUCGCGUAUGGCUAGCGAGCCGUCCGAUGUCUUCCUCAAGAGAAUAGAUGACAUCUCGCAAUUUUACGACAAGAACCUUCUCACUUUUGCACAGAUGCUGCCCAAGUACAUCAGCAUUGAAAAUGCUUUCUACAUGUCCCCUGAAGUGUCCAAAGACUGCAAGUGGUUCCAGAGAGACCAGCCCCUAAAAAAUCCUUUUACCACUAACGUCCACCAACACCAGAGCCAAACGAAACAUCAUGAAAAGCAGCAGGACUCUCAUCCAGUCAAACACACAGCGUUGGACGACGACGAGCUUCAUGUGUCCAACGUGACUGGUAACGGCUUCAGGCUGCGCUGGAACAACCCAGACCCCAAAAACUUUGUCUACUUCCAAGUGAAAGUGACACACCUGCGUGACCACGCCCCAAUCAUCAAGAUCAAUGUGUCAACGUCCGAGCUGUCCGUGGAUGAGUUGGUUGGCGGGCAGACGUACCACGUGGUCGUGACGGGCCACGGCGCCAAUGGACACGUGCUUUCCACGCACAAAGGCAUCGUCACCACCAAAACGACGGAGCAGCGGCCGGUUGUCAGCGGCCACGUCAUCACCGCUCCAGUAAAUGCGCCGUUGGAUAAACCAGAGACCGAGCCGGAGCCUCAGCGUGAAGCUCAGCAGCAGCAAGUGGACAAGUUGGAGCUCCACCCGGCUCCAGCGGCCUUAAGGGCCGUGGACAUUUGCCAGCUCCCCAAAGAUGAGGGCGCAUGCGCCAAGUUUGUUCUCAAGUGGCACUUUGACGCGCCCAGCAAGAGCUGCGCACGCUUCUGGUACGGAGGAUGCGGCGGAAACCCGAAUCGCUUCGACACACAUGAGCAAUGUGCUAAGGCUUGUGUAAAAACAGCGGCCAUCAAUCAAGGCGCGAUGGCUUCACUGCGAACAUAGAAAAGGACGGCUCGCACCCGUGGCCAGUCUUAACCUGUGUUUUGAGGAGAACAAGCCACACUGGUCAAACUGUACGAAUGGAGGCUGCACUGGAUUCCACACAAAUGGACAUGUCCCCGCCUACCCUGAAAUCUUUCCAAAUGAAGCGACCACAUUUGCCGCAUGAAUUAUUUUGUUUUUUGUUCAUCUACUGGUGCUACUUAAAAUGUUUGUUUGACAGACAGUCAUGAUGUGCAUUUUGUUUUGUACAGUCGAACGGUGGGAUUUAUCCACGUGCACAUUUAUACUAAAGCAAGCGGUAAACUACAUUCAGGACUUGCAUGAAUCACCUCACCAAGCUUCUUAUGUUGUGUUUUACAUUCCACAUUCACCCAUUGGCUCUUCUUGUCUUUUUGAAUGUCAUUCGAUAGCCGUAUAAUCAUUCCUUCAGUAGCCACAGAAUCCACUCUAAACACGAGUCUUGUAUUAAAUUGCUCCCAACUGUUUGAAUGCAAAGACCUGAAGUGUACUUGUUGAUCCGCAGCCUCAAAUGAACCAAAGCAAUUUUAAGAUCGAAUGUAUUUGUCUAUUUUGUUUCAUUUCCUGAAACUUGUUUCAUCUGACUAUAGAACACACAAUAAAAUAGACUUUCUAAAAAACAUUAAACAUUAUGUUUUUGUGCCGUUCAUCAGUCUCCUUCUUUUCAAGGUCAGUCCAGAGUCAGACAUUCACAUAAAAAACGACAGUGACAUUCACGUUUCACAAGGAUUGUCUGUGAUCAGUAUCCAAUCCAUUUUGACUAGCAGCAAAUGAUUACUUCUAGAUCUUCCAGUCAAAGAGAUUGGACAUCUAUCACCAUCAAUGCCGCCCAAUGAGUUAUGAUCCUGUUAAAAAAACUAAUCAUGCUAAUGAUUUUUCACUGCACUAUGGAAACAGUCUUUAGGUUUUUUUGUAAUGUAAGCAUUAGAAACUGACUGGCGACCAGUCAAAACUGGAUCAUUGAAAAUACAUGAUCCAUGAGAGUCAACAGUUUAAAAAGUCACACGUCAAAAAAGUAAAUGCAGCUGCAUUUCUUCUGUCAAGUGAAAAGCGGAUGUGUCUUUUUUUUUUUU